AUGCUUUGGCAUCACAGUCUCGGGCCGGCAAUUUGUCAGGAGACACCAUUGCCAGAUGAUUCGGGAGUGGACACGGCUUCUCGAUACUUUCCAGCCCCAGGCAACCGUCAGCUCUGGAUUGGUACGAUACCAACUGAGCUUCCUAACUCUGAGGAGCCGCGGACACGCAAUGUAUAUGGAGUCAUUGGCGGUGCUCGAGAGUUUGUGGAGGAUACGACUCCAAGAGCAGAGGUGGGUGCAAAAGCCAAAGAAGCUCUGUGCCAGGCCUCAUACACCGCAAAUUUGGAGUCUUCAGACUGCAACUUCUUAGCACCAGGUGAUCAGGAUACCACUGCUGCAUUGUCUUUCGGGCAAGCGUAUGGGCAAGCCUCGCUGGAGAAAGAGGAUCUGUUCAGUCAUCUCACCCAAGGUUGCAGCGAAGACUUUCUGCUGGGCUGCCAGGUCACAAAGGUUGAUUCCGAAGAGACAGGAACGUCUUCUUUGGCAAGUCUCCAGCCAGAUGAGAGCCGAAACAGCCAGGUGGCCUUGAUGCAGGAGCCUGCUGACGAUCGCGUUUUUCCGGAAGUACACGGUGGCAAAGCCCCCUGGCUGAGCGACGAUGAGGGUGCAACGUGGCUUCCGGGCAUGGCUGGCACGGCUCUGUCAGAACUGCCAAGUCAAGGUUCGGUACUCCACAAGCUUCAGCGAUGUAAGCCCUGUGCCUGGUACUGGAAGGAAGCAGGCUGCAAGAACGGUUGGGAUUGUGGACAUUGCCAUCUUUGCCCUCAGGGCGAAAUUAAGGCCCGAAAGAAAGCCAAGCAGGUCGUGAUGCGCCUUGCGGUCCCCGACCGGAGGACGAGCCAAGCUUGGGAGUCUCGGCACUGA